ACAAUGCCUCAAGUACUCUCAGCAUUAAAUAGAGUUUUCUUGUCAAUAUAUUCAUCUUUCUGCGUCUGAAUCUCUGUGAUUGAACCAAUGGCUUCCUUGAGAACCACAAUCCCAUUUUGGAUUCUCAGCAUGUUUCUGCUGUUUACUUCCAUGGAAGCCAGAGAGUACGUGGUUGGAGGCAACAAUUGUUCAUGGGAAAUUCCAAUAUCUUCUGCAGGAUCCCUCCAAGAGUGGGCUCAGACAAACCGAUUCUUUGUCGGCGAUAUUCUCAUCUUUGAGUAUGAUCCUAAGUCUGACUCAGUACUACGAGUGACAAGGGAAGACUACGAGACCUGCAACAACGAAACAAAGCCAAUCGAAAAAUACGACGACGGCCGGACCAAGAUUGAGUUGGACCGGUCAGGACCGUUCUACUUCAUCGGCGGUCAAGGUAAUGAUAGUUGUGCAUUUGGCCAGAGGCUAACUGUGGUUGUCAUUUCUGAUAAAGUGCAAAAUGGAAAGCAUAACCAUACCCAUGUGGCUCCAACACCAGCCCCGACGACGUCCAUAGCGGAUCCCCCAAUUACGAGUGGUGCACCUCAUGAAUUGAGGGGUGGGUUUAUGGGAAUAUUUCUCAUGGGAGUAGGGACUUUGGUGAGGAUGGUCUUGCUCUGAAAUAUAGGUAGAGUCGUAGAGAUCAAUGUGAACUUCUUGUUUUUGAUUUGCUUUAUUUUGGUAAAGAUCCAAAGAGAGAUGUGAACUUUGGAAAAUAAAGGCUAAUUACAUGUUAUGGAUUAGCUUGUUAUAACAUCUAUGUAAGAUUACACAUAUAUGAAUUGAUUUCUUAAUUUUAA